GAUAAGUAUGUGAAUGAGAGUACUAGAGUGAGAGUGAAGUGUAAAAGUGGUUGUCCAUGGCUGUUGUAUGCAAGCAAGGAAGGAAGGAGUGAGAACUUUACUAUCAAGACAUACAAUCCAAGGCACAAAUGUACCAGGACCACCAAUAAUAUUUUGUGUAAUUCAAAGUUCUUAUGCAAGUAUCUGAAAGAUAGGAUUAUUUCUCAACCUAGUAUAAAAGGGUGGGAGAUACAAGAAUUGGUGAGGAAAGAGUUGAAUGUUCAUGUAGGCAAGGCAGUUUGUUUAAAAACAAGAAAAAUUAUUUUAAAGGAAAUUAUGGGAGAUCAUGUGGCAGAAUUUAACAGAAUCCUAGACUACAAGGAUAUGUUACUCCAAACAAAUCCUGGUAGCACUUGUGUUGUGAAGCUUAAAGAUUCAGAAUCAGGAAAUGGGAUGAAACAAUUUCACUCUUUUUAUAUUUGUUUUGAUGCUAUGAAAAAGGGUUUUCAACAAGGAUGCAGAAGAUGUAUAGGGCUAGAUGGGUGUUUUCUAAAGGGAAUUUGUAGGGGUCAACUUUUGGUAGCUGUUGCUAAAGAUGCAAACAACCAAAUGUAUCCAAUAGCAUGGGCAGUAAUUGAUACUGAAAGCAAGUUGACAUGGAAAUGGUUCAUGACCAUUCUGAAAGAUGAUCUUAAUCUAGGAAAUGGUUCCCAGCUAACUAUCAUUAGUGAUAUGCAAAAGGGACUAAUAGCUGCUGUAGAUGAACUAUUUCCAGAAUGUGAGCACAGAAUGUGUGCUAGACACAUAUUAGCAAAUUGGUCACAAAACUUCAGAGGCUUAGAGAGAAGAAAGAAAUUUUGGGCUUGUGCUAGAUCAACAUUUGAGGCACAAUUUAAGUACAAUAUAAAUGCCCUGUCCAAGCUGGGAAUAGGUAUUGUUGAAUCCCUUAUCAAAUACAACAAGGAGACAUGGUGUAAAGCUUUUAUUCAAACAUUUUCAAAGUGUGAUAGCAUAGAUAACAACAUGGCAGAGAGUUUCAAUUCUUGGAUCUUGGGACCUAGGAACAAGACCAUUGUAACUAUGUUGGAAGAAAUUAGAGUUAAGGUGAUGAGUAGAGUGAGUAAGUCAAGAGCAUUUGCUGAAACAUGGACAGAUGGAAUAUCUCCAAUGGCAAUGAUGGUAUUCAAUACAAAUGUAACAAGAUCAAUGCAGUGCAACAUUGAAUGGAAUGGUGAUGUUGGAUUUGAAGUGUUAGAAGGGGUAUACAAGCAUACUGUGAACUUGGGUCAACAAAAAUGUAGUUGCAGAUCAUGGGAAUUAAAAGGUAUCCCAUGUGCACAUGGUAUAGCAGCAAUGAACCACUUGAACAUGGAUGCAUCACAAGCAAUAUCUAGUUGGUAUAGAAAAGACACAUAUAUGAAGACAUAUUCUCAUUUCAUUCAACCAGUCCCAAACAUGGAAAUGUGGCCUGAAAGUAGAAACCCAAUGGUUGAACCACCUGAGGCAAGACAAAUGCCUGGUAGGCCACCAAAGAACAGAAGAAGAGAAAUUGGUGAAGUGAGAAAAGCUGGAAAGUUGCCAAGAAUGGGGACAGUAAUGACAUGUUCACUUUGCAAAGGACCAAAUCAUAACAAGAGAAAUUGUCCAAAAAAUCCUAAAACUAAGUCUACACCAACACCCACUCAAGAGUCCACCACUGGAAAAAAGAGGGGUAGAGGUCAUUAUGAAAGAACAAGCACCAGUAAGACUGGUACAAGAAGAGGUGCAGGAAGUGGUUACAAGAAGAGGCCUAAAGUUGUUGGACAAGGUGUAUUUGUUGCUGAUACUGGAUAUACGUGUAUUAAUCAAGGAUUGUCUAGCAGAAGGAGGGUUAAUACUGGUGUGGUGAGUUCUGCACAUGUGACAGGUGAUAUUGGUUUUAAACCUACCAAGGGACUGAAGUGGAAAGGCAAACAGGCCAUGACUCAAAGACAACUUCAAGUCGAAAGUGUUGUGCGUCGUAUUCAAACCAGAUCAAAAGCUGAUGGCAUUCAAACAAGGUCACAAGCCAAAGGAAAAUCACUCUCAAAGAAAACUUCUUAGUUGUGUGGUUGUGGUGUCCAACCAAACUUGAAAUAGUGUUUUAUGUGGUUUUAUGUGUUGAUGAAUCUAUGGUUGUUCAAACAAACUUAAAGUAGUUACUGUUUUAUGUUUUGCUAGUUAACUUAAGUUAUUGUGGUUGUUGGUUGGUGCUUGUGUGGUUAUUCAACUAACCUUAAAGUAGUGAUUGUUUUAUGUUUUGCUAGUUAACUUAAGUUAUUGUGGUUGUUGGUUGAAACAAUGAAACACUAU